AUUGCUGGGUAAUUAUUUACUCGGCUCACAUUCUCUUCUCCAAAUUGUCAGUGCUCAGUAUUAUCGGCAAUUUAGUUGCAGAAUCCCAUUUCUCUCUCCCCUUUCAGUCCAUCCGCGCCGUUCACCUUCCUAGUAUCUGCUAUUCACCCCGUAAUCUUCUCUGCUCUUGCCAAUAGCAUACGGUUGAUCACUUCUUCUUGCUGACCAAUUCUCGUGUAACAGUGUGUCACUCUUGCUACUCCUGCUCGUGUAUUUCAAUCCUAGAGAAUAAGGUCUGUUAUUGAAAUUAUCUUCCCAGUUGAGGAAGGAAUACAUUUGGGUGGUUUCAUUCUCCGGCUGUUCUGGAGUGCUUAUCGAAUAUAUUGAGGGCCCUACGGAUGGGUUCCUGCUGGUCUUCUGAGAGCAGCAGGAGCCCCCUCCGGACGGGUUCUCCUAUUGGGAUUCAGAAGAGGAAGAACUUUAAGAAGAGGAGAUCGGCUUCUCGGAAUUCUUCCUUUGACCAUAGGCGGGAGGAACACUUACAUCGGGUCUCAGGUCGUCGGUUCUUGAAUGGAUCCAAUGAGGUCGCUGCCCUCUUCACUCAGCAGGGAAAGAAAGGAACUAAUCAAGAUGCAAUGGUUGUUUGGGAGAAUUUUGGGUCAAGAACAGAUACAGUAUUUUGUGGUGUUUUUGAUGGGCAUGGUCCUCAUGGUCAUAUGGUAGCGAAGAGAGUUAGAGAUUCACUUCCCUUGAAAUUGAGUGCUCACUGGGAAGUCAAUAUUAAAAGUGAGGAUGUUCUUAGAGAGCUCAAUCUGAAUUCGGUCGGUAGUCUUAACUCUCUGGACUCUUCAUUCCUAGCUGUCGAUGAUCUCCCAAGGGCUUCUACUGACAUUGAAGAAACCGAAAAGCACCCAGAUAUCUUUCAGACUUUGAAGGAAUCUUUCUUAAAGGCUUUUAAGGUCAUGGAUAGGGAACUAAGGUCCAUUACGAACAUAGAUUGCUUCUGUAGUGGAACUACUGCUGUUACUCUUGUGAAACAGGGCCGGGAUCUUGUAAUUGGGAAUAUUGGAGACUCUAGAGCUGUACUGGGGACAAGAAAUAACAACAAUUCUCUAACUGCAGUGCAGUUGACUGUGGAUCUUAAACCGAAUCUUCCAGUGGAAGCAGAGAGGAUCAAAAAAUGUAAGGGACGUGUUUUCGCCCUUCGAGACGAACCAGGCGUACACAGAGUGUGGCUGCCAAAUGCUGACUCUCCUGGCCUUGCCAUGGCACGUGCUUUUGGCGACUUUUGUCUCAAAGAUUUUGGUCUCAUCUCUGUCCCAGAAGUUUCAUAUAGGCGCUUGACUGAGAAAGAUGAGUUUGUUGUCUUGGCUACUGAUGGGAUAUGGGAUGUUCUCUCUAAUGAAGAGGUAGUGAAGACGGUGGGGUCAUCAACACGUUCAUCUGCAGCAAAAGUGCUGGUUGAAACCGCUGUCAGGUCGUGGAGGACCAAAUACCCUAAUUCCAAAGUGGAUGAUUGUGCCGUUGUUUGCCUCUUUCUUGAUUCAGACGAUGCAUCUCCCAUUGCAAUCAAACAUAAUGAAAUCACCGAUGAGAAGAAGGCAUUUAAUGCCGCUGCAUCUAUUCCAAAGGAGGUACAACUAUCAGAAGAAGAUGAAGGGGAAGAAGAUUUUGGGGAGGAAGAUCGCGAGGUGAAUGAGGAUGACGAGGAGGAAGUGGAUGCGAUAGAGUGGUCUGCACUUGAAGGGGUGUCUCGUGUGAACACCCUGGUGACCUUGCCCAGGUUUGAGGUGCCAGCCGGGAAGGAGGACAAGAAGAAGAAGCAAUAAAGUAGAGAGGACUCUGUGCCUAAGUACUCAAACCAAUUUGGUUCUUUUAUUUUGGUUUCUCUCACGUUAUAUCUCUGGGGAUAGUUUUGUUAUAAUUGCUCGACAUGGGGGGUGUAGGACUACAUUCAUUAUAUGCACUACUAGGGUGGGGAGGGGGAUGCCGGGCUAUAUUAGCGUGUCUGGGGUCAUGGUUUUUUCUCUUAUUUGAUUAUGAAGUGGAAUUUUGCUAAAUAUACAACUUGAUACCCUUGGGGAAAUGGGGAUUGUGUAAUUUGGACCAACAAUUUAUUGUUCAGCUUUCUGUUUUUUUUUCCUCAUUACUUUGAUAGUCCACAUUUAUUUAUGGUUAUCUUGCUUCGUUUUCAAGAAUGUUUUAUUGUUGGGUUUUCAAGAUUAUGUGUAAUUGGAAUGGACAUGAAUAUCUUAUUCUGCAUUACUUUUGGGGUA